AUGACUUCAACAUACGCGCCAAAUGCGGCCAAUUUUGAAGUAAUGGAGCAAAUAAAGAAGCAUGCAGAAAUAAGGUUCUGGGACAUCCCGUCGCCGUGGUGGCAGGCGAGCACUGUGCUGGUGGGAGUGGGCGCGGCGCUCAGCCUGCUGGUGGCCAUCACCGCCACGGCCGCCUGCUGCAUCACCUACGUGGUGCACACCGGCACGGCGCGCCUCGCGGGCGGCCUCCAGCUCUUCGCCGUGUUGGGCAAAUUAAGUGAUGGAUGUUUCUAA